AUUACUUCGUGGUCCUCACGGUUCUCUUCAUCUUAGAGUAAUCGAAGGUGAUCGCCCCACUUCGGUAAAUUUCGAGACGAGUAAGAGGAUGUCGCCAGACUGGCGAAGGAACUGGACGAGCAUCCUCAUCUCCACCUGAUCUUCACCUGGUACCAUCGACCACCACCUGUUACCUCAAAUGCUGACCAAGUAUAAAAGCGACCUGUGGUCACGCUCUCGUCUAGUCUUCUCGUGAUUACCACCGACUGCGAAAGCGACAUCGGCGAAAUGGACGGUCGCACGCUAGCGAUGAUAGCGCUGCUCGUAGGAAUCGCCGCUGCACUUCCGGCCCCGCAAAAAGAUGGCCAGGUCUUCAGCAACGAGGCGAUUAGACAGGCUCAAAACACGUAUUUGAUCCCAAAGGACGCGACUAUCCAGAAGGUCCAGGAAGGCAUCGAGCUGGCAGCCUACGAAUCCAUUCCCGGCGACCAAAGGAUCAACCUUUUCGAGAUCCUCGGAGAACACGUGCCUCCGGAAGUGGUGAACAAUCUCCAGAGUCAGAUCGACCAAAUCGGCAAAAAUUAGACGAGGCCUCGAUUAUCGACCAUUACUUCCUCCCGAAGCCAUUCGUCGAUCGAAUCCUCGCUCGACACCUGGUUGUACAUGUAGAAAUAUUUAUUACCGAACAUCGGGCUGACCGUCUCGAGAAAUUACCUAUGUGAUCUUUCCACUUUCGUAAAUAAAUCAGAAGUGAAAUCUCC